AUGCCACUCACUCCCCAGCAGUAUCUGGAGUGGUGGCUGACCAGCAGCAUUGAUGCGCUCAAGGAGCUCAUGGACACGGAAACACUGGAGCUCGCCCCUCAGCACGCAGGCUUCGACACGCACGUUGCCAGAAGACUGCGCAACUUUGACAAUGAUGUCCAGCUUCGAGAGGCUCUACGCCAGCACGUGAAUCGGCAGUCGCUUCUCCAGGUUUUUGAUCUCUCGAGUAACCCGAGAAAUAAGCUGAGAGAGCUCACGCUGACCGUCUUCAAAAAGCUUGAAGAUGGAGGAGUGGACCUAAAGGGAGUAAUGCAAGGACUCUCCGAGCUCAACAUGGUCGAGCUUCGGCGACGCAGACUUGUUGCUGAGACGCCUCUAACUUUCAAACCGAAUCAUGCUGCCUUUGGGUCGGCCGCUAUGAUUCAAGAGCUGAACAAGAAGGCUACGGAAAAGUUUGGUCAAUUUUACGUGGGGUUCAGAGCAUCCACAAUUCUUGAAGAGUUUGCGCAGCAGAGAAUCACUAGAAAGCCGUCUGUGGAGCUAAUGGCGAUUGUCAACGCCCUCUUCCCAGCUCACGAUCUUUUGAAGAAUUCAGAAGACGUCAGCCUUGUUCCAUACACAGACGCACACCUCAGUUGCAUCCGAUUUUCGCUUUUCUGCCAUCUUAUGGGAGAAAAUCCAUCAAGCGAGAAACAGCAACUCAUGAUUCAACAGAAGGUGUUUCUCUGGGCUAGUUUGCCGAAAUACCAACAGGCGUACAGGGCAUUUACACAGUACAUUGAAGAGUUCAAAACGAUCGAGACACUCUGUUUCAAUGUGUUACAGUUGGCAGAAAAUGCAUCUUCUCGCCGGAGAUCGGGGUCCAACAGAUCGUCCUUUACUCCGAAUUCUGUUGUCAUGGUCAAGUCCAUUCUCAAGGGAUCGCCCCAAAGUCCUCGCGAGGUAGAAGAGCAAGUUGUUCCCAAGAGAUCUGUCUCUCCAGACUUUGUGGCUUCAGCUCCUCCUGUCCCUAAUCCUCUACUCAAGGGACUUCCAGGUCGAGAGGUAUCCCCUUCCAAAACUGACGGAGCGGCUUUUGCUUUUGACGACCCAUCAGCGCCAAAGUUGAGAGUUGAACACUCUGCCACCUUGUCCAAGACAUAUGAGGCUGACGGUGAAACUGUGGUCAAAGGAGAAAAGGUUGGCGUCAAGUUUCUUGACCCUGGAAAGAAACUGAAGAGAAAGAAGACGCGCCUGUCGGCAAAGAAGGCGGCGAAGAGGGUUUUGAAAAAGACUGCGAAAAAGGACGAUAUUCCACCUGUGCCUCCUACACCUGAUAUUCCUGAGUCGAUGAAGUCGACAAUCACAAGGAGUGGCCUCAAAUUUCUUCAGCGGAUGCGUUCGCAGCCAGACAUCCAAUCUCGUGGAUCGAAUGCCUCCAAAUAUGCACAGUUUGCGGCGGUUUUUGCUAAUAGCAACAAAGCCAAGUCGACUACCAAACUGGUCAAGCAGCCUGUUCGCUCCGCCUCUUCUCAAGAUCAAGCUCGUGAUAGUUUCUAUCAUCGAACCUCAUCCUUGCCCGGUUCCAACGUCCGAAGCAGCCAGUACAGCCUGUACAGCCAGCCUAAUCUUCGUACUCAAUCGUCAGAAAAUACAACCACCAUGGGACAGCAUGCGAGUGCUAUUGCACAGGGAGAGGGCUCGUCGCCGCGAACUCCGCUGCCCAAGCCAGACGUGAAGUAUGACAUUUGCGAGCCGCGGCUUUCGACCAUGGAAUACACAAGACUCUAUCUCCUCGAGGAAGCCAAUGCCAAGAAAGAGAAGCGCCUCUGCGAGCUGCCUCCUCCUAAGAAGGUCUGGCUUUGGGGUCCGCGCUGGGAAGAGUUCCUCGUAUUGCCAAAGAUUCCAGCCACUAUCAGACGUCGUUUUUCCCUUGAAUUUGAUGACGAACAGAAACAGUCUAUGGCUUUUACAGCCUUUACACCUCUUGAUGAGGAUUAUGAUUCCGAUGCUGACUCCAUUGAGACGAUCAAGGGAGUAGGAUCAGUGUCUGCCAAACCUCCUCGAUUGUCGUUGAAUCUUGAGACCAUGGCAUCAACGCUUAGUUCUUUGAUGAAUUUGGCAUCUCUGGGAUCAGAUGACGCAGUGCAAGCUCCAAUUCAAGCGCAGCCUGCAGAAGCGACUGAAGUUGUUCGUCAAGAAAGCCCGAUCCUGGGCUCCAUGGCAUUCGCUAAUGUGGAACAAACCUGCGCGCUGCCAGAAAGCAAGGAUGAUGUGACCCUGCCGCCCCCGUCAAUCGAUUCCGCUGCGUCUACCAACAAAGACGAAGAUGACUUAUACUCAGAUGACCGUCAUCUAUGGCCUUCGCCAGUGAGCAAGCGAAGCAUCCGGCUUGUUUCAUCUUCACCAGUCGCUGAGGAGACCACGGUAAUUGUCCGUGAUGACAGCCAAAGCAUCGAGAAUACCACUCCUCAACUCAGUGAUGAUGCCUUUGAGACUUCAUCCAUCUAUUCGAAUGAUAGCGCCAAGACAGCUGUCUUUGUUGGCAAUGACAGCAAGGGAACGGAUAGCACUCCUCGGACUCCAGUAACAGCUCGCCUCCGUGAGCCACUGGCAACACCCGACGAGGCAUCUCCCACACGACCUGGUCUUCCGUUUAGCUACAGUUGUGCUUCGCUCAACUCUGUGUCGUCUGAUCGGUCCCCGCUGACUCAUUUUCCCAUUUCAGCGGAACAAAGAUCCAGAGCAACGACGGAAGACAUGGUACAGGGUGUUAUUACACAGUCAGGGGGUCGGCUUCGCUAUGAAGAAACCCGUCAAGUCCAGGUGGUGGAAGGCAAACUUGAUGCCGAGAUCAAGGCCUCGUCUGCCGAUAUUUGGCAUACUGACGACUACAUGGAACCAGAUCUUCAGCCAGCUCCUCUGAACCUAUCCAAGAAGCCAUCCGUUACAGAAUCGAGAAAUGCCGAGUCUGAAACGCUUACGGGAUCCAUGCCUAGCGACGAUAUUCUUGCUCCCAUUCGACCUUUUAUAUACACGCCCAAGAGCGGAAGGUUCGCAAAGUAUGCCAACGACGAUUAUUAUGAGCGGCCGACAAAACCCUAUGAAUCAGGCUUUGUUCCUCUCCCUGGAUCACUUCUUUAUGAAGCCGACAAGAAUGCAGAUUUCAUUAGGAUCCCGAAUAGCUCAAAGGCCAAAAGCACUAUUUCGGGCGUCAUAACUCCGUCGAAGCCGAGCCCUGCGAGAGAAUCUGUCCAGUCGCAAAAAGCUGCCUACGAGCCAAGGGCUUCACGCUCAAUGAAUGAAUUGCAUGCCACACCUGGUGCUGCUUCAACAUAUGAGGCUUUGAGCGAACUAGACGAGUUUUUCGGCGUCGGGCCUUUUGAGAAGGCAUUCUUGGAAAAAUAUCCAGAGGCAGCUAAGCCGUUUGUUCUCCCUCCCAAAGCGGAGGAGUCUCCAGCGUCGCCAGUCUUUACAGGCCCUACCUACGCGGCACCACCGCUUCGUCGACGAGACCUGAGCAUCCAGCAGCACCGGGCUCUUCCGCUGAAUACAGUCGAACGCGUGCUGGAGAGGAAGCCUCGGACUUCUACCAACGUUAGCAGCUUUGCGUUGCACAGAGCUCAAGGCAAUAAAGCCACAAUCCUGCCCACUCUUGCGGGGAGAAGCCGUGCAAACGCCGCGAAUACCCGUGGCCUUGAGAUCGACAUUGGCCAGGACCAGGAGUACGAGGAUAGCAUUUCAGGAGAAUUCCCGCCGCAGCAUGCUUCGCUCGACAACGGCCGUCGCUUUUCCUUCCAGCGGUAUGACAUUAGUACUCGCCGCCCCUCGUCUCAGGCUCGACCUAGCACGUUUCUUGAGCCUCCUUCGCCAGUUUCGCCCUGUGAGAAUGUUGUUGCAGCUGCUGAAGCCAAGAAGAUUACUAAUGCCCCAACCUCGACGCUUGGAAACCUCUUCCGAAGGCGCAAUCGGAACCGCAAUGUAAGACAGCCGCAGGCCCUGCAGACUCAACAAGUCCCUGCUGUCCCUAUUGCCACACCACCGGCCAACUCGCUGUCUUCUCCUACACCGGUUCGCACGGCCAAGGCAGCAGCAUCAACCUUGACCAGAGGUAAUCGCCCAUCCUGGAAGGAUUGA